AGAGAAAGUCACAUGCGCCAUUUAAAUAUCCCAGCUGUCGAGCACGGAAGAAUUUUUAUAGCGCUGGGCCAUUAGAGCGGCUCGGUAGAGUUGAAGAUGGCGGACGGAGAGAAUAUUCUUGUUAGUGCUAAAACCAGCAUCUCUGAUUUAGAUGAGCCUGUUCUGAAAAAACCUAGGAUGGGUAUGUUGACUGGCUGUGGACUUAAAAUUGUUGACAAAGAUCGAGGAAUGUGCGGAGCAGAGACCGGAGAGAAUUGGGCGGCGGCGAUUCCAGCGCGGUCUGACGAGGAGAUUGAGCCGGCGAUGGCGGUGGGACAGGCCACAGCAACACUAGGCGGAGACAAUGGGCUCUUGGUCCCGCAGCCCGGUGAAAAUAUUUUACCCAUUGAAAGGACCUCGGUGUCUGGGCCGAAUGAGGAGCUUGCAGAGUGUGUUGAUCCUGAUAAUGGGGUUCCUCUGAAUGGCUUUGCGUCCCCAGACUGUGGUAAUGAAGACGACGAUGAUGAUCGAUCAUCUCACGCAAGUUCCAGUGACUGGACUCCCAGACCUCAGAUAGGCUCCUACAGUUUCAUUCAGCAACACAUCAUGAUGGAGACAGACCCUCGAACAAUCCUAAAAGACUUGCUUCCUGAUACUGUACUUCCACCCGAUCUGGAUGAUAUGACCCUGUGGCAAAUCAUCAUCAACAUCUCCGAGCCACCUAAAAGAAAGAAGAGGAAAGAUAUCAAUACCCUUGAAGAUGUUGUUCGGUUGCUCCAAGAAAGCAAGAAGAUCCUCGUCCUAACUGGUGCAGGGGUAUCAGUUUCUUGUGGUAUACCUGAUUUCCGAUCUCGGGAUGGUAUAUAUGCUAGACUAGCAAUAGAUUUUCCAGAUCUUCCAGACCCUCAAGCAAUGUUUGACAUUGAAUAUUUCAGACGUGAUCCAAGGCCUUUCUUCAAGUUUGCCAAGGAGAUCUACCCUGGACAAUUCGAGCCUUCACCGUGUCAUAAAUUCAUAGCUGGGCUAGACCAGCAGGAGAAGCUCCUGCGGAACUACACACAGAACAUUGACACCCUAGAACAGGCUGCAGGAGUACAACGAAUUAUCCAGUGUCACGGUUCCUUUGCCACAGCCUCAUGCCUCAUCUGCAAAUACAAAGUGGACUGUGAAGUCAUCUCUGAAGAUGUGUUGAAUCAGGUUGUCCCUCGAUGUCCAAGGUGUCCACCUGACAUCCCUCUCGCAAUCAUGAAGCCGGACAUUGUAUUCUUUGGCGAGAACCUUCCAGAAUUUUUCCACAGGGCAAUGAAGCAAGACAAGGAUGAGGUGGACCUUCUCAUUGUCAUUGGGUCCUCUUUAAAAGUGCGACCCGUGGCACUUAUACCAAGCUCCAUCCCACACGAAGUGCCUCAGGUUCUGAUUAACCGGGAGCAGCUGCCGCACCUCAACUUUGACGUGGAGCUUCUGGGUGACUGCGACGUCAUCAUUAACGAGCUGUGCCACCGGCUGGGUGCCGACUUUGCAAAGCUCUGCUACACCCCUUCCAGACUGACGGAGAUCACCGAGAAGCCACCACGGCCGGCCCCCACGCAGCCCGAGCCAACGCCCAGCGAGGACGCCUCCGCUGAUGCCAACGUCCAGCCCGCCGUGGAGCCCGCACACACACCCGCAGACGCCACGCCCCCAGACGAGACAGGGACACAGACAAACACAACAGAGACGGCAGAGAAAGCCACAGAACACUGUCCAAACGCACAGUCCUCCAGUGCGGAGGGGACAAAGAUGCCAGACACAAAAGACUCAGAAGACGCACAGAAAGAUGAGGCCUUAGCAGCAAAAGACACGGCUCGCCGGCGAUGCUGGAUGAACAGAGUCUUUCAUAGUCCAAUCAGCAAACGCCUUGAGAGCUCUCAGUACCUAUUUCAAGCACCAAAUCACUACAUCUUCCAUGGAGCCGAAGUGUACUCAAACUCGGAGGACGAGACAUCCAGCUCAUGCGACAGCGAUGACUCUUGCUGCAGCGAUGAGGGAGACGAGGACGAGAGAGAGGACGAGGAUGAGAGGGAGGACGAGGACGAGAAGGAAGAGGAGUGCGAGAAGGAAGAGGAGGGUGACGCCGAGAGCGCCCGCACACCAGCAGAGGAGGAGGAAGAGCAGCAGCAGCAGCAGCAGCAGCAGCAGCAGCAGCAGGAAAAGAACAGCCUUAGAGACAAACUGCCAGAGAAUCAAACCCACGAUAGCACCACGCUGAGCUCUCCAACAAACAGUACAGCAGCUGUGAAUGUCCCAGACCCCACAGACCUUUAACACAAAACGGAGACACUCUCUCAACUACAUGUCCACAAGCACUAGCAAGUCUUUGUUGUACUGAAGUACGUUUUAUAUAUAUUUUUUGUACCCAGUCCCUGCCACCCCCAAGUCCACCUUCAUGUUUUUGUUUCGUUUGUUCCUGUCUGAUUGCACUGUGCAUAUUCACAUUUGGGGCCGUAAUGCCAUCCGAGGUAGGUGCAUGCAAGUUUGUAUUCAACAUCAAAAAAGGAAUGGUUGGAGAAUAUAUGAGAAUGAGGGAGUGGAGUUUUCAUAAGUCAAAGUGAAAAAUAUGGAACUUGUUGAAUGAUAAGUCACUCCUUUAACUUUUAUAUUUUAUUUGUUUAUCUCUGGAUGUAGGGCAGUUGUGUUUCAUGGGGUAUUUCUUGGCAAUGAAUAGUGUAGUUUGAACUGGCCAUUCACACAGACAUGGGAUGACUAAAGGGAACAUAUAGGUAGACCAAAGAACAUUUUAUUUCCACUUCUACAAGAAUUUUCAUUAAACCCUCCAAAGUGCUUUGUCUUUGAAUUUCUUUCAAAGAUUUUGAAGCAAAACAGGUGGCAUUGUGACAUUUGGCAGCUACUCUCUACAGUUAAUGUAUUGGUGAUUUUUGUUUUCUUUAGGAAAAACCAAUCCUGUUAAAUCCAGACAGCCAGCAAGCAGUUGGCAGUGUUGUUUUUCAUGUCAGUUUUUUGUUUGUUUGUUUAUUUGUUGUUAAAGAAAGUCUACCUGACCAGAAGCCUUACCAUAUUUAAUAAGCUGUCCGUUGGCCAUGAUGCACUUUGGUUUCAAAGGAAUCUUUAUAUGACAAGUUUGGUGUUCUCUAAAAAGAACAAAUCCAUUUCUCCGGUUAACUUAAAAACUGCCACCAACAAUGAGAUGGUUGCGACUGCUUUUAUGGUUCGCAAGAGUUUGGAUGGUCCCUACUGAAACCUUUUGUAUUAAAAACGUGAACGCAUUUUGCUUUGAUCGUAUAAAUUGUAAAAGGUUUAAUUAAUCGUGACCUUCAAAUUAAUUUUCAUUUUCACCUUCUGAAAGACACCGCACCCAUUAAAGAUUCGUUAGCAUGCAUAUGGCCCGAGAAAGCACAAGGUUAUAAAUACAGACAUGUUGAAGUUAUAAAGAACAUUGUUAGGCUUUUAAUGAAUUGCUAAUGUAUAUGUAUAUAUGUUUAAGAUACACGUGAAAUCAUGUUUACCACUGCAGGGACGGUUUAUAUGGGAUGCGGUAGUUAUGGUAAGGUAAGUAGUAGCCUACGUUCUUAGGUGUAUAAUCCACUUGCAAACUAGAUAAUGGAUGUCCAUAACAGCAGACAUUUUUGUCAACAAUAGAGGAUAUGUUUUAUAUUUGAAAUAAAGCCUUUAUGAACAUGACUAUAAACUCCAACCAGCAAGCCAUAUGAUUGUCAAUUUUGACCUCAAAGAAUAAAAGCAUUUACAAGUGCACUCUUAAUUUAUUAUUUUUCAAGCCGUAUGUGUUUGACCCGAAGCUGUUUUUAUGUCGGCGGCUUUGGUUUGUUUCCUCUGUUUGUCAUGGUAUCUGCAUCAACAUGUUUAUUCUGUGUAAAGUGUAGGACUUCUUUGCCCUGUCAAACACAAAUGUUAUUCUUUGAGGACUUGUUAUCUGCAGACCUUUUUAAAUUCUUUAUCUGACCAGACUGCCCUCUUUUUCAACACGUGUCAGGUUGCCGUUGUGUCGAUUCGGAGGAUAUGUUAAUGCGUUUAUUUCUGAAAAAUAAAACAAAUAUUGAUACACCUCCAA